CUGACCGCCCAUUGGAGAGGGGAAGUCGUCGAUAGUCAUCGAGCAGCCGCCAUUACCAUCAGAGAGGCUGCCCCUGUUCGAUUUUUCCUUUAUACCGCAGCCGGCCCGAACAGCAGCGGCGGUUCCGUUCGUGUUCUAGCAGCGGGGUCGGGCCUUCCCGGCGAGACGCGAGGCUGCUGCUACUUGUCGGCAAGGGAAACCUCACGGGCUGACCAUGUUGCUACUUGCGAGAAAAACUCCCGGCACAAAGUGGACGUGGAUGGGGCUGCUCGUGAGGGGUUCACGAUUCUAAGAAUCUUCUACUGCGAUCUGCUCGCCGGAGAGGCUCACGUGCGACACGUCUAUGGCGAUGAAACCUCGCAGCGAUUCGGCGCGGAGGAUGAUCCGACGGAACCUACUGCUCGCCGGAAGGAGCAGGUGAGCGGAGGAGGGCUCACGAAGGAGGUUCGUCGGGAAUCCCCGCUGGGAGUGGUUCACGGACGGCCUGAGUGCGCGACAGAGGCGGAAUUGUUGUGGCGAGAGCUUCGCGAGUGGCUGUGGCGAGUUGCGUCUGCCAGCAGUUGGUUGCGGGUGUUGCCGGCGGUUGCAGCGGUGGUGCAGCGACGGCAAGGACAACGCCGGCGGGAGGAGUGA